GUCUUUGUGGGAAAUCUGGCCUUCAACACCACCGAAGAACAACUGCAGCAAGUAUUUUCCGACAUUGGCCGCGUCAUUCACGUGCGGCUGGUAACCGACGUGGAUACGGGCAAACCCCGGGGAUUCGCCUUUGUGGAGUUCUCCGACGCGCAAGCGGCGUUGUCCGCCAUUCGCAACAUGAACGAUUACGAACUUAAUGGCCGACGCAUUCGCGUCAAUUUUAGCAAU